GGUAACCUAUCUAUUCUGCUGUCUGUCAUGUGUGUUCUGCUGAGCCUGGCUGGAUUUAUAUUAGGAUGUCAAGGCGCUCGGUUUGUGUCCAGUGUAUUCAGAUGUGAUUUGGUGGGUAUGGGUGAAAGCAAGACUUGUUUCUGCUGUGAACAAUUUCAUGUCGCUACAUGCAGAGAAGAAGAGUCCGCCCUGAUGCUGUACCACACGAAGUCAUGUAGUGCUGCUCUCCUUCUUCUCAAGAAAAUUCUCUUUACUCUUUCUGCCCUGAAUGUUCUGACCGCCACAGUUUGCUUGGUAGUGGCUUCCCUGGAUUACUUACAGAUUUUUGCGGCAAGAACAUCCUGCACAGUGCCCUUAUGCAACAGAUAUGAAGCUCUGGAGCUUGAGGACCAGGCAAGUGAUAAUGAAGAUGAAGGUCCUUCCAGGGAAUUGCCUGGGGCAA